UUUUGCCCUGAAGUCAGACUUCUGUGCGAUCAGUUCGUCCUACUUGACUCCUCGCGCCUCCCUAACAUAUCGAGCCUGGGACUUAAGAAGGCCGCCUUGUCACCAGCAUCAUGACGUCGAACACCACACCAUCACCGGCCGACCAAGCAAUGCGCCAGCUGCAAUCAGAGCAGUCUCGAGUCCUGGAUAUCAUCGAUGAGCUGCGCACCAUCGGCGUUGGGGCCUUGGUGGAGCUGCCCCAGCUGAUUGUCUGCGGCAACCAAUCCAGCGGCAAGAGUUCGGUCUUGGAGGCCAUCUCACGCGUUCGAUUCCCAGCCAAGAGUAACGUGUGCACGCGCUUUGCGACCGAGGUCAUUCUCCGCCGACGACCGUCAACUAGUAUCAAAGUCUCCAUCGAACCCGGUCCAUCGCGUACGAGGGAAGAUGAGAGACAGAGACUCCGCGGAUUCACCCCGGAGGCUUUCUCGAAUGGCGACGACCUCCCCGCACUGAUCGAGAAAGCCAAGGAGUGCAUGGAAAUCACGGAAUCCGUGAACGCCGGGUUCAGUGAUGACGUGCUCAAGGUGGAAAUCUCUGGCCCAGACAAGCCCGAACUGACGUUGGUGGAUCUGCCUGGCCUGUACUACUCGACCAGCCAGGAUCAAGGCCGCAAAGGCAUCAGCAUCGUCCGGGGCAUCACCGAGAGAUACAUGAAGAACACCCGCAGCAUCAUUCUCGCGAUCAUCACGGCCAAGGCCGACUACCAUCUACAGGAGGUCCUAGACAUGGCGCGAAAGUUUGACCCGCAGCGAGAGCGAACGCUUGGUAUCAUUACCCAGCCAGAUAUUCUGGAGCCCAGUUCGGAGGAAGAGGACACAUGGCUGCAGUUCCUGGAAAAUGAUAAAGUGUCCUUGCAACUUGGUUGGCAUGUAUUACGCAAUCGUUCAUUUGAGACGAGGGAUGCAUCAGAUGAUGCUCGCGACGAGAAAGAGGCUGCUUUCUUCGAACAGGGCCGGUGGGCCUCGAUUCCUCGUGAGAAUGUUGGUAUCGACAGUCUUCGUCGUCGGCUCAGCAGCAUCUUGUUCAAGCAUAUCCGCCGCAACCUUCCCGAGUUGAUAACAGACAUCCAAAAGAAAAUCGAGAUUCGCCAGAGCAGACUCACGACGCUCGGGGAGGCUCGUUCAACCCUACAGCAACAACGAGGUUUUCUUCUUGCCAUAAGUACUGGCUUCGAGAAAGUCACGGGUCAAGCCUUGAAUGGCAUGUACUCGGACAGGUUCUUCGAAGAUGGGCCGGAGUAUAUUCUCAUGGAUCAGGAUUAUCGCCGCCUCCGGGCAAUGAUUAGGGAGCUAAACGAGUGCUUCGCUGAGGCCAUGAAUAUCAGAGGCAAACGACGCACUAUUAUACAUAGUUGGAACCAGAUAUUAUCAUCUUCGGACAUCGCAGCGUUGAGCGCCAAACCCUAUAUGAAGGACUGGGAAUACUCAUGCGUCAGCCGCGAAACUCUCGAGCUUGAAAUCAACAGCCAAGCGCGUCGCAAACGAGGCAUCGAGCUGCCCGGAAGUGCCAAUCAGCUGCUCGUCGGAGAUCUGUUUCGUGACCAGGCAAGACCUUGGGAGGACAUUGCCCGUGAGCAUAUGAUGAACGCUUGGUCGGUGGUGAGAUAUUUCAUCCAUUCUGUCCUGCAAUACCUCACAACCGAGCACACCUACUCGUUAAUAGCCACGUCUCUUAUUGACCCGGAACUCGAUACCUUGAAAGAGUCCCUUCUAGCGAAGCUCACAGAAUUGACGGCUUACACGAAACGUGGACAUCCUCUGCCUGUGGGAAAGAGCUUUCUUUCUAAAAUCCGGAGAUCCCGAGUUGACCGCCAAUUCAAGCACUGGAGCAAAGACUACUGAUGUCAAAUAAUGCUUCUGCUGAUGCCUCCUUCACCUUGAAUGACUUCAAACAAGCUACUAAGGUUACUGAAACGGAGGGGAAUGAGUUCGCUGCGUCGGAAAUCAUUGAUCAGAUGCAAGCGUACUAUGAUACCGCUAUAGUGACCUUUGUGGAUAACAUUGCCAUCCUUGGCAUCGAGAACUGCUUGCUCGCCCCACUGGAAACCAUUUUCACAGCCCAGACUAUCAACAACCUAAGCAGUGAGAAGAUUCAAGAUCUCGCCAGUGAACCAUCCUCGAUCGAGCAAGAGCGAAAGCGCUUGUCUGAC